AUGGCACGAUCUCAGUACUCUCCUCGAUUUUCUGUCCUGCUUAUGAUGGCCUUGGCCCUGGCUGUCAUGGGCAUAGUUCUCCCCCCAAACUUUCCGAUGCCCGAUAGCGUUGCCGCGGCGCCACCUUGUGGGGAGGUGGUUAUCCUGGCAGGGGAAGCAGCUGGCCCAGGAAAGAAAAGAUGCAUUGGGGCUGGGUGUCCUGUCUUAUGCAGCCCACCGGUCAACGGUCCAGGAAACAACAAGAAGUCCGAUGGCAAGAAGUCCGAUGGCAAGGAAUCCGGGGACAAGGAAUCCGAGGAGGCGCUGUCCGAGGACCAGGAGACUGACAAGGACUCAAGUGAAAAGGACUCAAGUGACAAGGACUCAAGUGACAAGGACUCAAGUGACAAGGACUCAAGUGACAAGGACUCCAGUGGCAAGGACUCCAGUGGCAAGGGCUCCAGUGGCAAGGGCUCCAGUGACAAGGGCUCCAGUGAUGAGGAAGUGAGCGAGAAGGAAUCAAGUGGCAAGCAACCUAAAGGCAAACAGUGGGGCGGCAAGAAUUCGAAGGGCAAGCAGUCCGAUGCUAAUGAAGAUGGUGAGCAAUCGAUUAGCAAGCGAUCCAACGCCAAGUUUGUCAGAAAUCGCAAGCAACGGAUUGCUCGGCAAGAUGAUCGCAGCCCCGCCAACAAUGAGCAAUCCGACGACAGCUCCAAUGGCGACCGAGUGACCGACGAGUCUGUCGACAACAGCGAGGACCCAGAUGGCAGGCAAUCCAAUCGUAAGCAGACCAAUCGCAAGGGCCCCAAUAGCAAGGGUUCCAACAGCAAAAACGCCGAUGGCGAAGAUUCCAAUGGCGAGGAUUCCAAGGACAACGAUUCCAAUACCAAGUCCAGUGCCAAGCAGUCGAACCGUAAACAUGCCAGCAACAAUGAUUCCGACGACGAGAGUAUCAAUGAGGAGGGCUCAGAUCACACGUCCGAUAGCGUGCAGUCGGAUGGCAAGCAAUCGAGCGACGAGAAUUCCAAUGAGGAUGACUCUUCCAAUGACAAGAAGCCCAGUGGUAAUGACUUUGACGACGAUGAUUCAAACGAUGGAAGUUCCAAUGACGAAGAUUCUGAAAGCCAGCCCAAAGGCGAGCAAUCGGGUCGCAAGCAGUCAACCCGCAAACAAUCCGGUCGCAAGCGUGGCAGAGGCAAGCAACCCAAUGAUGAGACAUCCGAUGUCAAGCUCACGGGAGACGGCACUCAUUCAGACGAGGAGACUUCGAGCGGGAAUAAUGAGGAUGGAGAGGUUUCAGUCGACGCCUCUAAGUCGUCCUCGCACUGA